AUGGGUGCCGUCGUCUCUUGCGUACAAUCGCUUUGCCGAACUAUCGGCAGCGUGCUCAUGGCCAUCGUCAAUGGCAUUGGUUCCAUCUUGACCGCCAUUGUUAACGGCAUUGUCUCUUUCUUCAAUAUCAUCAUCUCAUGCCUGACCUGCGGUCGCACCGGCAGAAAACGGGGAACGACUCACUCAACAAGACGUCACCAUGGUACCACGACUAGAAGUCGUAUCUGA